AUGGCUAACGAUGCCGUUCACUGGCUGGGUGCCAGGGAUGAGAUCUCCGAGGAGGACAACUCGCCGUCGCUCUCUUCCCUGCUCACUGUCCUGAUCCCCGCCCUCAUCUCCUUUGCUGUGAUGGUGUGUCUAUUCAUCAUCCUGCGCGGGAGCAAUCGCAGAAUGUACAUGCCUCGAACCUAUAUUGGAUAUCUCCGUCCCUGGCAGCGCACCCCCGCUUCUCCGACUGGACCCUGGAAUUGGAUCAAGGCCAUGUAUCAGCUUCCCGACACCUACGUUCUGCAGCACCACUCAAUGGAUGCCUAUCUCAUGCUUCGUUUCCUGAAAUUGUGCUCCAUGAUUCUGUUUGUGGGUUGCUGUAUCACUUUCCCUAUCUUGUGGCCCGUCAAUGCCACAGGUGGUGGUAGACAGAUUCAACUGAACCAGGUGACCAUUUCAAAUAUUCACGAAUCUCAAUACGGACGAUACUACGCGCAUUGCUUCAUUGCCUGGAUCUUUAUCGCCUUUAUCUUUUUCACGGUGACCCGGGAGCAUCUAUUCUAUAUUAACCUACGCCAGGCGUACCUUUACUCGCCCGCCUACGCUAGCCGAAUCUCAUCUCGCACCGUUUUGUUCACCGCCGUUACCCAGGACCUCCUGAACAAGGACAAGCUUCGUACCAUGUUCGGCCGCGAGAAGGUCAAGAAUGUCUGGAUUGCCACUGAUACCAAGGAACUCGAGGAUAAGGUCAAGGAACGUGAUUCUGCUGCGAUGAAGCUCGAGGGUGCCGAGACCAAGCUCAUUAUGCUGGCGAACAAGGCGCGCAACAAGGCUCUCAAGAAGCAGGGCUCCACCGAGAACCCAGAGAUCGAGAUUGGCGAUGGUCAGUUUGAUGAUGAGUCUGGCUCCGUCGCUGCUCGUUGGGUGGAGGCUAAAGACCGUCCCACCCACCGCCUGAAGAUGCUUAUUGGUGAGAAGGUCGACACUAUCAAUUGGGCUCGUUCGGAAAUCGAGCGUCUCUCUCCCGAAAUCGAGGAAUUGCAGGCUAAGCACCGUGCCGGUGAAACCAAGCUGGUCUCCUCGGUCUUUGUCGAGUUCUACCACCAGGCCGAUGCCCAGUCUUCCUACCAGUCCGUCGCCCAUAACCUUCCCCUGCACAUGAGCCCUCGCUACAUUGGUUUGGACCCUACUCAGGUUAUCUGGUCCAACCUCCGCAUCAAGUGGUGGGAACGCCUCGGUCGCCACACUGCUACCGUUGCCUUUGUUUGUGCUAUGAUCAUCUUCUGGGCCAUCCCUACUGCAGUUGUUGGUGCGAUUUCCAAUAUUGACUCUUUGACCAACAUGGUUCCUUUCCUGAAGUUCAUCGACAGUGUUCCCUCAUGGAUUAAGGGUGUCAUUACAGGUCUUUUGCCCACUAUUAUGAUGGCUGUCCUUAUGGCACUGGUACCUAUCAUCCUUCGCCUAAUGGCUAAGUUGGGAGGUGAUCCUUCUCUCGCCGCUGUUGAACUUACCGUCCAAAACUGGUUCUUCGCUUUCCAAAUCGUUCAGGUUUUCCUCGUGGUUACCAUUGCCUCAGCGGCAACUAGUGUCGUGACCGCUAUUAUUAACAACCCCGCCUCAGCUGCCUCGCUGCUGGCCGAGAAAAUCCCUAAAGCGUCCAACUUUUACAUCUCCUACAUCGUUCUCCAGGGGUUGUCUUUCAGCGCCGGCGCUCUUCUCCAAAUCACCGGUCUGAUCCUCGGCAAGGUCUUGGGUCGGUUGCUGGAUAGCACCCCUCGCAAAAUAUAUACUCGUUGGUCAAGCUUGGCUGGUCUCGGAUGGGGCACGGUCUACCCAUCCUUCACAUUGCUGACUGUUGUCGCAAUCGUUUACUCUUGCAUUGCGCCGCUUGUCAUGGGCUUUGGUACCAUUGGUCUCUACCUGUUCUAUUUCGCCUACCGCUACAACAUGCUGUACGUGUCGAACGCAACCAUCGACACCCAGGGUAGGUGUUACACCCGUGGUCUGCAACAUCUCACUGUCGGCUGCUACCUUUCCAUGGUUUGUCUGAUUGGUCUGUUCGCCAUGGGCUCCGGUGCCAAUAGGAUGGCUCUCGGUCCUCUGAUCCUGAUGAUCAUCUUCCUGAUCUUUGUCAUCCUGUACCACCUUGCGAUGAACAGUGCCAUGGAGCCCCUCCUCAACUACUUGCCCAAGAACCUUGAGGCAGAGGAGGAGAAUCUACUCGCCGCUGAGAGGGCCAACGUCGCUAUCUUGAACGAAAAGUCCAAGUCCGACGAUCAGACCAGCCCCAGUGACUCUACCUCAGCCCCUCGCGACAGCGGCCUCGGAAACGUGGACUCUGCCGAAAAAGGUCUCACCGAGACCUCAUUGCCAGCGCCCAAGCCAAAUAUUAUUACCAAGUUCCUGCGCCCGGACCUGUAUAGCAACUACCACGAGAUGCGCAAGCUGGUCCCCAGUGCCGCAGACAUCGUCGUUUACCCCGCUGAGGCUGAGCGUGAUGCCUACUGCCACCCAGCCGAAGUCGCACACACCUCGCGCGUUAUCCCCAUCACCGAUGAGGAUGCUUAUCUUGACGAGAACUGCAAGAUCCAAUGGAACGAGGAGAAGGGCGAGCCUCCCAUCUACGAAGAGAAGAUUGCCUACUAA